CCUUUGGAAUUUGAAGACCAAAAGAAAUCGAGAUUUUCUUGGUAUCUUUAAAGUCUUUCAUAGUGUCUUCAGUCUUCGCAUCCAGUCGACGUCAUCCUUGAAAAAAAAAGUUCAAUCUACACUUCUUUGCAACCUAUUGAUCCUCGAAAACAGUUGACUUAAAGAUAGUGUUGCCUUCUGCUCGUGUAAUAGGCGGGGUUUGGUUAGUGCCGCUUUUCUGUGGAUUACUAUGAGCUUCACCGGUCCUUCGGUUGGCCCUGGUGGUAGAACUGCUAGAAGGGCACUUGAGUUUGGAAGAACCUAUGUGGUCAGGCCAAAAGGUAGGCACCAAGCUACCAUAGUUUGGCUACAUGGUCUUGGUGAUAAUGGUUCGAGCUGGUCCCAGCUCCUGGAGACGCUCCCUCUUCCAAAUAUUAAAUGGAUAUGUCCAACUGCGCCUACUCAACCAAUAAGCAUAUUUGGUGGCUUUCCAUCAACUGCUUGGUUCAAUGUCGGUGAGCUUUCAGAAGAUGCUCCUGAUGAUAUAGAGGGUUUGGAUGCUGCUGCAGCACAUGUUGCAAAUUUGCUGGCAGCAGAGCCUGCUGACAUUAAACUUGGUGUUGGAGGCUUCAGUAUGGGUGCAGCUACCUCACUAUACUCUGCAACCUGUUUUACUCAUGGAAAAUACGGAAAUGGAAACACAUAUCCUGCCAAUUUGAGCGCAGUUGUAGGACUUAGCGGAUGGCUUCCGUGUUCAAAGACUCUGAAAAGAAAAAUAGAAGGAAACAAUGAAGCUGCAGGACGUGCUGAGUCCUUGCCAAUUUUGCUAUGCCAUGGAAAAGGUGAUGAUGUGGUUCCAUAUAAAUUUGGCGAGAAAUCGUCUCGAGCAUUGACUUCAAACGGAUUUAAGGACAUGACUUUCAAAUCCUACAAUGGGCUUGGUCACUAUACAAUCCCAGAGGAGAUGGAAGAGGUAUGUGCUUGGUUAACUUCAAAACUGGGGCUCGACGGUCGAUCCACAUAACGAAUGUAAUGCGGAAAUGUUUAUGCAUUACUUGAAGCAAAGUUGUUCUGGUUGUGGGUGUCAUACAUGGUAUAGUGAUAAUUUUGCAUACCUUGUUGUAGUUGAUGUUUUCUUAAUUGGUUCCGGUUCUUUGCUAGAACUCCAAUGGAACACGAGAACAUGUACCGAUCCGAAUCGUCAACUUGCGGUUUUGAAUAUUAUUAUUUGAAUGCAAUUUGGAUUGUAAAUUUUAUGUUUUGCCAA